CGGAGCGGAUCCCGGCCUGCGGGCAUGGGCGCUGUCCGCGGUGCUGAUCGGUCGCCGCGUCCCCGCUCGCCUAGUCGCCUGCGGUACCCCAGUUCCCUUCUCAGCUCACAGCCAGGGCCAGUUCUGAGGAUUCGGCUGCCCGCAGGCUCCUUCGCCAGUUCCGGUCACGUUGCUGGGUGUUUACGCCCGGAGCCUGCCCAGGGCCCCCCGCCUCUACGCCCGGAGCCCCCCGGAGCCCCGGCCCCGCGCCCGACAGCCUCGCAGCAGCUGAUGGCGCCGCAACCUGGCCGCGCGCUGCAGAUCCCUGAGCGCAGCUAGCGCGGGGGAAGAGCUCUUCCCGAGACCCAGCGAGGCCCGGGCCCGGCCCGCCGGCUCCCUCGGGUCCGCAGGUGAGGCCCAGGCCUGGGCUGCCAUGGAUACCGUGUCCCUGGAGCAUCAGAUCCAGAGCGUGCAACGCCACAUCAGCUUCCUGAAAAAGGAGCAGAUGGCCCUGCUUCGAGACCUGCACCUGGAGAUCCUGAGGCUGCAAAAGCGCUGCUCAGAACUGACCCAUGACCUGGAGAUCCGAGAAGUCCAGUCUCACCAGCAAGAAGAGGCGUCCCGGGAGCUGGAGAACAAGUGCCGCGCGCUAGAGUCACAGCUGGAGGCGCGAGCUGCGGCCAACGCCGAGCUGCGGCGGGAGGUGGCGCAGCGGGAGGCGCUGGUGUCUGCGCUGCGCUGCAGCCUGCGCUCGGAGGAGCGCCGCUUUCUGGAGGAGCUGCGGCGCCGCAGCCACCGCGCCACCGUGCUGGGCACCGAGCUGCAGAAGCACACCGAAGCGGCCGCCUACCUCUCCUGCCAGCUGCACGCCGCGCGCCAGAGACUGCAGGCCCCGCGCCCCGGCGCCGCUGCCGCCGAAACCCGGCCCCGCCGACGCGCACAACGGGCCCGCCGCCCUCCCGAGGCGGCCGCCAAGGGGCCGGGCCGGGACUGGGCGACCUGGGACGACACCGAUCCCAUGCCGGACCCCGCUCUCUUUCUAUACCCGCGGAGGCCGCCACGACCCAGCCCCCGCGGCCCGCGCCCUCUCCCACGCCAGGAGCUGCGGGACCAAGACGCCCCGCACCCCGUGUCACACCGGGAGUCCCCGAACCAAGGCGGCCCGCACCGGGGGCCCGUUGAGAGCCCAGAUGCCACGCCCAGCGCCCUAGGGGAUCCUGAGUAGGCGCUGGGCGCGCAGUGGCGACUGCCAGAGCAGGCCCGGCUGGGCGGGAUCAGGGAUGGGGCGGAGUCAAACCGGCAGAACCGCCCCAGCUCCGCCACCCACUAGAGCUGCCCCCCGCUUGUGUGUUUCCCCGAGAUGAGCUGCCCCCUCCGGAGAGGGAGCUCCUUUGUAGAGGGAGCGCCAAAGGAUCGCACCUUUUUUUGUGGCGGAUUGGUGGUAUUAACCCUAAUCUGGGUCCCACCCAGGCCCUGGGAGGGGGAGGGGCGGGGUCUUGUCGGUCCCUGGAAAAUUGACAAUCCCUUGCAGGGCGGGAGAAGUCUGUGCCUACAGGAAGGAACACGGUGGCACUUGGCACCGCUAGGCCUGCAAGCUCCCCUUUCCUGCUUUUUCACCCCCAGCCCUGCCCAGCCUUUUGCUCGGGAGAGGCAAGUUUAGGAGCUAGCUCGUGUACUCGGAAGUAGCUACUCCCCACCCCACCCCACUGAUAAGUCCUUGAAGGUGAGCACGGAACACUUUAGGAUCUAUUUUAGAAGUCACGUCCUCUCAGAGCUGCGGGGUUCCUGGUGGCAGUUGACUUCCAGAAAACAGUAAGCAUAAACCCUUGAAGCGGGUCGUGGAAGAGGAACUGAAUGGUUCUUCCCAGGUCUGCCAUGCAGGGGGGCAGGAGAUAACAAGCUGGGGCUCAAACUUUGGUGAAGGCAGAGGGUCUUUUGCCCUUCUGUUCCUGAGGCCCCCUCAGAGAUUUCCCAGUCCUGUUAUAGGUGCUAAUCCUAUAAUCUUGUCCGUUUUCCCAAGCACCUGGCUGCAUCCAGAAACAGGAAGAAGGGCCUGGCUUCUUGGAAGUGGCAGCUAUCCAUAUAAAUUUGAUUUUGCUGGGGAGGAAAGUGGAGACUGGCUAGUCCUCGGCGGUGCCCACCCCUGAAAAGGUGGGGUGGUCCUGUGCUCUCCCUCUUAGUGGGGAGUUGCAAGGAGACCAGAAUGCUGGCACCUUCCCCUUCUUCCCAGUUCCCAUCACUACCAAAGGCAGGAGGAAGCUUCAAUCCAGCUCACCAUAGGCUCUGUACCAGAGCCCCCACUCCACCACUCUUGUCUGACCUGCAUUGAGUCCUAAGUGCCUGUGAGGUCUUCCCUGGGGCUGCUGAGCAAGGAUGCCUCUCCCACUCAGUCACUGGGCCCUAGCAUGUCCUGGCCCUGGCUAAGGCACCACAUUGUAUGUGUCACCCAAGGUCUUAAGGUGAGCAGAGUCAGUCUCUGUAGUUGACAAACUAGUGAUGGCCACCAAGAAGAAAAUGAACUCUUGGCUUAUGCCCUCUUCUUGAAGAGGAAGCAGGAAUUUUACAGGAAGCAGAAGGCAGUGAGCACAUUCCAACCUGAUUCUGUACACAGACCCCUCCCAGCUCUCCCUUCCUUGAAAGACAGCUGAGGCCACUGAGUGAUAACGAAGACUGAGCUGUCUAGCUCCUGGGAGCUGGAUCACAGAAGUAGAAUCCUGGAGUUCCCACUAGGUCCUGACCGCUACCCUUCACUCCAGUGGCAAUACCUGUACCUGUACCACUUGUUAAUCCUUUCAAUUUUGUGUGACUCACUGCCCUAUCCUGCCACCCUCCCCACUUGGAACCUGCCUGUAUGAGGUUCUCACAAUGCUCCCUUGGAGGUGUCCAAAGGACAGUGGGAGGGGCCUACACAGACCUACAUUUCCUACGACCAUACUUUUGGGGUGAACAGUGUGACUUUAUUGAUUUUUCUAGAGAGAUCCCUUUCUUGUCCAUCCAUCCACCCAUCCACUAAAAGCCAUAGCACCCCGAUUAGCUCCCCUUUAAACUAUAGCAAUAGCCCUCUUCGCUUUCCCUUCUGGGCACCCAGGAUAUUCAAUUGGCUCCAUCACACCCUGUCCCCAGGGAUCCAACAGUUUCCUGCCUGUCUUUCCUCAAGUGACCCUGCCAACACCUUCCAAAUCCUGUUCCUCUUCCAAAAGCCAGGUGCUUGAAGAUUUCCCAGAUGAAAAAUCUGACUCCCAUUUGAGGUCUUGGGGUGGGGGAAGGAAGUAAUGCAACUCUUCCUGCAGUGAGGGUGUGAGAUGGAGGCCUAGGCAGAUGCGCGAUUCCAGUGUUUACCGGAUAUCCUUAGCCCUCCCUCUUCUGGAAAUGAUGAAAGGCCCCUUCAGUGAUCUACAGGCAAGGGCACCCUCUGCCUUCCCAGUUUGGGACAGGCUUUGCCCUUAACUUGCACCCAUUCCCUUCCUGGACUUGGCCAUAGCAAUCUACCUGGUCAAGGGAAAAUACCAGGAAUGACCCGUUUCAUUUGUUUGCUGUACAUAUCCACAAUGGGAGACCGAGAUGGUUCAUGCAGACACUCAUAGGGAAGAGGGCUCCUGCACAACGUAAGUAUAAACAGACCCAGAAGGAAGAACUAUGCUGGAGUCCUACGCUCAAGACGCCAUCCGGGAAUGAGUGAGCAAUGCAGUACAAGGCUCUGUACCCCUUGUCCCUGGGUCCUUGCCAGGGCAACCUGUUCUUUGGGGGACUAGUUCUGGGCCAAAAUGGGAUGCUCAUCCCUCUACAAGCAGCAGGAUAGAGUUUUCUGGAUGUGGAUGGAAAGAUGGUAUGGACCAUCUUCUCACUUAGGGGGCCAAGGGUCUCCUAAGCAUCCUUUCACAGUGAUGUGCCAGCCUUGAUGGGAGACAUGCAGGGCAGACGGAUCCUGCUCCAAAUUCUCUGUUGGCUGCGCUUUUUAAUCCAAUGCUUUUCAGAGUGUAUUCACUCACCUACAGAAAUAGAGCCCUGUGCUUUAGGGGUGACUAUCAUAUGCCUUAUUCUUAAUAAAAUGUUUGGAAA